AUGGCUGAACAAAGCGACAGUGAGGGUGAAUGGAUCAAUCAAGAUGACAAUGAUGAUGCAUCACCAGAAGAAACGGAAAACGAGCGAGAAGAUGAUGAGGCAAUAGAGAAUGGUUUCCAGCUUGGGAAUGAGCCCGAGGCUAUUCCGAUUUUACCGCCCGCCAUUGCGGUUCACCGAGCACGUGUAAACGUUGCAGCUCACCUGCGAGAACGAUUCGCCGAUCGAGGUCGUGGAGCUUUGGUUGGUCGAGAGUCUUCAAGCUCGUCAUCUAGUUCAGAUGGAGAAAGCUCGGAACAUGAACCGCAACACAUAAAUGUUAAGGAUGCCAUAAACCAUGAGUAUUUGUUUACACGUCGAACUCGUCGCCGAGAAGGUCAAGUUGGUGAAGUCCUUGAUCUCGCGAUGCCUUCCGAGACGAUUGUUGCUGAAAUGAUAAUGGAAUUGCCAAUGUUGCGGAUCAGCCAAGAUUGCUUUCCGAUGCCAAAUCAACGCAUCCCGUUGUUGCUUUAUCAUCCGAAUGACAUGGCCACUGCUAAAUUUGCCGUCGCUCAUCAUUCCUAUCUGGCUGCUUUCCCCGGAGAAACUUUUGGGUAUGACCCGAGAGUGUCCACGCCGAUCGACGUUGGUGUGCUUUUGCAGAUAGCACGCUCGUGUGAUGGCGGUCAACGAGGCUUUCGUGUUUACGCAAUCGGUCGCAAUCGUAUUAAGCUUUUGGAAACGAUUCGGAAUAUCGAUAGCUCUCUAUCAGCCCGUGUGCAAAUACUGGCAGAAAAUCUCUUGCCUCCACUUCAGUUUUCCUUAGUACCAAAUAAAGCACGAUCUCAAGUAAAAGUUCAGCAACGAAAAAUUGCUGAGAAAUUGUAUAAUAUUCCACGAUGGGUUAUCUCGAGAUUUUCAACGGAAAAAAAGGCUCGAACUCUACUAAAUUUCAUGUGUAGCUGGUCGCCGUCGCCCGAAACAAAAGUCAAACUUGAAGAAACUUACAACAAGGGUCUGACAGAACUUUCAUUUUUCCUUGCCGCCAAUAUCCCCGUUGAGAUUGACACCAAGUUGGCUCUAUUACAGGAAAAUUCUGUAGACCGCCGAAUCGACAUGAUGGUUGAAAAGCUUUUCAAGAAAAUGGACAUUGCCUGUGUACGGUGCCACACAACCAUUGCUCGAGCCGAAGACAUUUUCUCGGUGACCGCUGAAGGAAACAGUCGACACUUUGUGAACAAUUAUGGUUUUGUUCAUGAAAUCAUCACCGCCACCGAAGCGCAACAUUAUGCUUUCCGUGGCCCACCAGACGCCUCAUUUUCUUGGUUCGAAGGAUAUAAAUGGCAGAUCAUUGAGUGCACAAUGUGUCUCGACCAUCUCGGAUGGGAGUAUACAUCGAAAAAAUAUGAACCAAAAUCAUUCUUUGGUUUGACUCGACGCAGUGUUGCUCUUCGUGAAAGGAAAGACGAUCAACCAAUUUCAACGGAAGAACAAUUAUCUCUCGUCCCAGACGAUGUUUCGAAC